UCCUGGAUUCUUGAUGACGUCACUCAGUUCAGGACAUUUUCGCCAAGGCUGGGGGAGGCGGGUGCGAACCAGCGUGUGAACCCCGGCCCAGGUUAAUGGCUUCACCAGGGGCUUCCCUCUCCCCGGCAGCAAUGAUCCUGCUGCCGCGAAUGACAUGGGAGUCUCUGUCCCUCCCUAGCCCAAACUCCUGCUCGUUGUUAUGUGCGGCUGUUCCCCUGCUGCCCCACCCCAGAGGUGGCUGCAUCUCAGGGCCGGGUGAGCCCUCUCUGGGGCUGGGGCAGCUCAGGGAUUCGUCUCUCUCUCUUCCCUCUCCAGAUGGCCAUGGACCCCGGGAUCCCUUCUCCUACGACUACGACACCCUGCGCGUGGUCGGCCUUGUCCUGGCCAUUGUCAUGUUCGUGCUGGGCAUCCUGACAGCGCUGAGUAAGAAAUUCAAAUGUAAAAGUCCGACUCCAGCCUAUCGGAGGCCAGGCAACCAGGAAAGACCCCAACUCCAGCAGGCAGCGCGUAGGCCUGGUGCCUGGGAUGUAGCGCCCCCCUCUGGCUGGGGGGUGCAGACCCUGCUGCCCCCCCCCCUCGCCCAGGACGGCUCCAAGACCUCGGCUCCAGCGCCCGGCGGCGACACCCGUGGGGGCAGGGAAGGGGAAGCCCCCGUCUUUUAGAACCUCUGCCUCCAAUUGGCUGGCGAGCCCAUUGCAUGCUGGGAGCAGGCACCAUAUGCAGGGGGGGGGUCCCUUAGCCUCACUUGGCCCCCCCAUCUUGAUCCACUGGGUCCCCUUCACUUCCUGUCCCCCCAGCGCAUGUGACCCCCCCAUGCCAUUACUGCUUUGCUUACAGCACCCCCCUCCCCACUGCAUUGGGGGGGUGCUCCAUGUGGGGGGAACGGCCACACAUCACCAACACACACCCCCAGGCCCAGACACGGGCCCCACCUGGGCAGGGGGCCCUGGGCCAGCAGCUGGAUGCUGAGAGGGUGCUGCUUUCAUGACGUGUUUUCAGCCGCCCGCAGGGGGCGCCACCCCGUGGCUGCCCCCUCCAGCCCCAUGCAAGGGGCAGAGCAGA